CUCGGUUUACUUGGAUGAAGGCGGUGCUAGUGGUGGCCAAGCAGCAGGGCCUUGCCUUUGUGGUUGUAGAAAGAGAAGAUGGCUCCCGUUCUGGAGAAACAGCUCCCGGGCGCAGCCGACAAUAACAACGAAGAUGAAGAAGGACAAAACCUUUGGACCUCAAUUCUGAGUGAAGUUUCUACUACAUCAGGUUCAAAGUUACCAUCAGGAAAAAAUAUCCUGAUAUUUGGUGAAGAUGGAUCUGGAAAAACAUCACUUAUGGCCAAACUUCAAGGAACUGAUCACAACAAGAGAGGCAGAGGACUGGAGUAUCUGUACCUAAAUGUCCAUGAUGAGGACAGAGAUGACCUUACUCGCUGUAAUGUGUGGAUCCUGGAUGGAGACCUGUACCACAAAGGCCUACUUAAGUUUGCUGUUUCAGCUCAGUCUCUACCCAACUGUCUAGCUGUGUUUGUUGUGGACAUGUCACGACCCUGGACCAUUAUGGAGUCUUUGCAGAAAUGGGCCAGUGUGCUACGUGACCAUGUGGACAAACUCAAGAUCCCCCCAGAGGACAUUAGAGAAAUGGAGCAGAACAUGGCGAAAGUGUUCCAAGAGUACACAGAACCAGAAGAUGCUACCCAAUCCUCCCCGCAGAGACGGGCCCCAACAGCAGGGGAAGACGAGGCCGUUGUGCUCCCACUCGGGGAGAACACACUCACACACAACCUGGGCAUUCCAGUGCUAAUAGUUUGCACAAAGUGUGACGCAGUCGCCGUUCUAGAGAAAGAGCACGAUUUCAGAGAUGAGCACUUUGAUUUCAUCCAGUCCCACAUCAGGCGGUUUUGCUUACAGUAUGGAGCUGGCCUGAUUUAUACCUCCGUCAAAGAGGAGAAGAACCUGGAUCUGCUUUACAAAUAUAUAGUGCAUAAGAUGUAUGACUUCAAGUUCACCUCACCGGCCUUAGUGGUAGAGAAGGAUGCAGUGUUCAUUCCAUGUGGAUGGGAUAAUGAGAAGAAAAUUGCGAUUUUGCAUGAAAACCUGUCAACAGUCAGACCUGAGGAUCCAUUUGAAGAUUUUAUCACAAAGCCUCCAGUACGAAAGCUGGUACAUGACAAAGAGAUUAAUGCAGAGGAUGAGCAGGUGUUCCUAAUGAAGCAACAGUCUUUGUUAGCAAAGCAGCCAGCCACACCGACAAGAGGAGCAACCGAGUCUCCAGGAAGGACAACCUCAGGGUCUCCCAGACCUGCAGGUCGUGCCGGUACACCCAACAUGACCAGCGGCUCACCAAUGGCUGCUGUCAAAAAGCCUGACCCUAACAUGAAAGCGGGGGCUGCCAAUGAGGGAGUGCUGGCUAACUUCUUCAACAGUCUGUUGAGUAAAAAGACCGGAGCCCCAGGGAGCCCUGGAAGCCCGGGAAGUGGAGCAGUUGGAGCUGGAGUGCAAGGGUCCGCCAAGAAAACAGGGCAGAAGCCGGGUUUGACUGACGUCCAGGCUGAGUUGGACCGGAUGACUCGCAAACAGGACUCCAUGGUUUCAGCUAACAACGUACCCCCGCCGACAGGGAACGAAGCGUGAAGGCAACAAAAACAGCUGCGUCGUCCACUGCGUUAAUACUCUGGAAUUAUACAUGUACAUGUGAGCAUAAAAAAUUGACCAAAUUCCCAAUGUCUAUAUCAGUCAGCGCACAGUGGUUUCACCAAAACGAGUUUCAGAUGCUAUCAGAUAUGUUGGUGUUCCGGUGAGAUGGGAAGAGACACAGCAGAGAUGGAGCUGUUGCUUGUAGGUGCUACAUGCUAAAGGCUUGGCUUUUAUUUCUGUCCUCUCUUCCACUGUAAUUGUUAUUUUGUGAGGGAUGUAGGUUUAUUGAAAUGUGUGCACACUCCCAGGCAGCCAGCUAGAUGCGCUGGGCUGCAGGCCCCCCAGUUUCUGGGGUUAACUCCUCUCCUCAUGGGUUUAAAGAGUGGAAAUCUACCGGUCAUGUGGCCUCUGGGUCAGCUUUUCUCAUUGAAGGAAUUUGGUCACGAUUGGAAAGGUAUUCAAUUUUACAUUUAUUCAUUGAAAACAAAUAUUAUAAUACUUGCAAACAUAUGUAGUAUGUACAAAAAUUGGAUAUGACACUGAUGUAUUUAUACAAAGCUCCUCCUUAUUUUAUUUUGUGCACCAUUAACCGGUUAAAGGCAAAGAUGUAUCUGUAUCGCAAAACAUGUUAAAAUGCUACUGACGUCAUGACACUAAUUUGACAUUUUCAGUUAGCUGAUAGCAUAUCAUAUCAUUUGCCCUAAUUAUCUCGAAGGAUUCUGUAAAUAUAUAUACAAAAAAUCUAUUCAGGUUAAUUUUGAUUUUGUAUAAAAAUGCAAUUCUGUCCAAAUUCUGAAAAUAGCUUCCAUGGCUAAAUGAGAAUGGGAUUUGAUGAGCUUUGAGGUUGCGUUGGAACCGCUUCUUUUGCUACAGGUGUGUAUAUUGGGGAUUGGGUUGGGCAGCAUCUUUCCUACUAUAACUCCUAAGUGCCUCGCACAGAUAGCUGUUUGUUUCAUAGUAGAAAUGCUCGUCUACGUAAGAGAAAAUGCACUGUAGCACCAUCGGUUAAAAGGUUUUUGUCCAUUUUUUUGACAUCCAAAUAAUUUAUUUUGUUUUACAUUUUUGUUAAUGUACAAUAAGCCUGUGGUCUGUUAUUUUUCAGAAAAAAGAUUGCUGUGGCCUACUUGAUGGUAUUCAAUAGAGCAUUAGAUUGAAUGCCUUAAUGAAAACUGUCGAGGCUGCUCACAUUUAAGAAGAACCCACAAAAACACUUACUGUGGUGGAAAACACUCGCUUUGCAGCCAAAAGACAAACAAUAAUUGGCUGUGGUUUGAUCAAAAUGACAUAUUGUCAUUCAGUUUCUGACAGCGCUGUGCUCCUUUGGGUUCACAUGUUUUAUUCCCACUGUACUUUGCAUGUCUGUUUAACAUUCCCAGUUUUUACAUGAAAUAGCCGUAGAAACACAUCCCAGUAGUGAAACCCGUUGGUCUUUUUGUUCCGUCUCCUUCAGUGCCCUCUUUAAAAUAACAGCCUCUGCCUUCAAUGUACAGCUAACAAUUUGUCACAAUGGCCACCUUGCCUUCACAGGAAUGCUCCUAACUUGUGUGUCCUGAAGGGAUGCUUAACUGUGUCCUGUAAUUUCUUCUUUUUUCUUUUUUUUUAAAUAUUAAAAAAAAAGUGAUUAUACUGUAUCAUAUCAAAUAAUUUGUAAUAAUAUUUAUGGUUUCAGGUCACCAUAGUCUGAUUAAAAUUAAGUGUACAUCAUAAAGUCUGUUUGCAAGGCCCUACUUAAUCUUAUGGAUAGUGUUCAUCAGUAGCUUUCACACAAUAAAGGAAAGCAUGAGGAGUGCAGCUAUGUGCUAUUUUUUAAAAUAGCAAGAAAAAAAGGAAAACUGGAGUCAAUUAGGAUGUGGAACCAAAGAUGCAUUUUAGUCACUGCUUUUAUAGUUGGUAAUGAUCCUUAAGAUUAACCAGUGGAUGUCAUCUCGUCCCACUCUUGCAUAGAAUCCAGGCUUCGGACCUGCUUAUGAAUUCUUGUUUUUAUAACAUCCUAAUGGUAGAAAUGCCUUACUCCAUUCAACCAUAUCUGUGAUUUCAUUAUUCAAAGACAAAACUAUACCAUAAUUGUGGAGAGUCCAUUAUGGUUUAUCAUCUAAACUGGUACAAAUGCAACGCAAUUGGAGUUUAUCUUUAAAUUUUGCUCUGUAAGGGAAUAACCACAAGACCAUACUAGUGUACAGUAUACUUUUAUGCAUGAUUUAAUUUGUUUUGAAAUUGAUACUACACAACUGUUCUGGAUUUAAUUUUGAUUCAAAUUAGGCUCUUAUUUUUUGUUUUUUGUGACUUGGUGGAAUGUUCAAGUCUGUGGCCGAAGCACAAUUUAAGAAGAGCCAGGAGCAGAAACACCACCUGUAAUAAGCACUUUUCCUUGGACACUUGUAUCAACUCCCUAUUCCUACAGUUAAAUAUACAGAAUGCGUAUUUCUUCUGUUUUUGCCUCUCCUUUUUAGAUCAAUUAGUAAUGAACCUAGAAGCUAAUCUCCCCAGUAAAACUGCAUUAUUUAUCUGCAUUUGCUGCUUAAGUUAUGGAAGUUGCCCCUUGUGGUUAACUAUUGAAUAACUGCUUUCUACCAGUGUUUUGAUGAUAGGGACAUAUUUUGGGUGUCUUGAAAUAGAUAAACUAAAACUAAAUGCCCUUUUAUUUUCAGGCUUGACCCACGCCUUUUUGCCCAUAAAACACCUCUUGUUUAUGUUUACACCCUAAUUAAAAUGUGUUUGUGUUGCCCUUUGACACUUCUGUUUAAAAUCAUUUGAAAUGCCACCCUAACCAGACUGACCACACUGACAUUUCUUUAUACAAUGGCCAACCUUGUUUAAUUUGGCAUUUAGCUAAGCAGAAUGAAAUACUCUCAUGCUGCUUGGUGUCAAAGUUGUACUCGCUCUUUAUUAGGGUUGUAUGUUUCUCCCAGAGUUGAAUAAUGAACAGUAGUUGUAAGUUUUGUAUUCAAUCGUCAGUUGAAAGCAACUGCCUCCUCACAUGCUAACUGAAUUGCCUUCGACCACUAUUGUCAGUCCACAUCUAUACAAGACUAUGAGCUUCUGCUUCCAGUCCUUUUUGUAUUCAGGAUAUCAAGACAUUGUAAGCACAUGGCUGGCUGCAUUUGUGUGUCCUGAAUUAAUUCAGAAGUUUGAUUGUAUGACUUUAACACAUUUCUGUAGCCUUUUCCGCUGCCAUGUGGAUUCUCGCUUCUUAUGCCAACAAAGAUAAGGAACAUGUUUAUCAGACCCCUGGCUUCAAUAAAACCAAGAAUCCAAACUUU